AUGAAGAAGGCAAAGGAUGAAGUGAUAGAAAUAUGUUCCCUACUAAAUAAUAAUAAAGAUAAAAGCAUAGUUAAAGGAAUAAGAGCAUUAUGUUUGUUUAUAAUAAAUAAUGGCUCUAUAUCAGACGAUGAAUAUAACAAUUAUGUUAGGUUAUUGAUAGAAAAUAAUUAUUUUCGUGUAAUAUAUUUUUUAUUGUGUCGUGAAGUCGAAAAUGUGAGUUCUUCAAAAAUAGUACAAGAUAUUGAUUUAGAGUUUAUUGAAAUAAUUUUUUAUACAUUAAAUUGGGUAUUUCGAAAAUUGUUUGGAGGAGGUAACAUAUAUAUGAAGAAUAAAAAUGAAUUCGAUAAUGGAAAAAUAAAAGGACCUAACUUUUCUGAAAAGGAUGGAAAUAUAGAGGAAUAUAUAAAAAAUGGUAUAUUUGAAGAAUCCCCUGAAUUUUUAAUGAUUGGAACAUUAUUGCGUGAUAAUUUGAAGUUUGUUGAAGUUAUUGCAUUAGCUAAUAUUUCCUAUAAUGCAAUAUAUAUAUUAAAUUGUAUUUUUUAUUUUUUAUUAUAUCAUAAAAGAUUUAAUGAAGUUUUUUUAAGAUCCAAUUUGGUGUUAAGCUUGAUUAAAAUAAGAGAAAAUUUGGAAGAUUUUUCAAAUAUAAAAAAUAAUGACAACACAUUUGAUAGCAUUGAAGAAGAAAACAUAGAUGAUGAAAAUGACAUGGAUAACAAAAAUGAAUUAUACAACGGAGACGAUAUAAUAAAUAUAAAAGAAAAAAAUGAUGAAUCAAGUGUUGUAAAUAAUAAAAAAAACCUGUCAAUUAAUAUCGGGAAGAAUGAUGAAAUAUUGAUAUGCAAUUAUUGUUUUGAAAAAGAAUUAGCUUUUUUAUAUAAACAUAUAGCACUAAAAAAUUUGAAACAUCAAACGAAUAAAAAUGUUAACAUAGUGGAAAAUUGUGAUUUUUAUGGUGAAUUAUUAAUAAGAAAAAAAAAUGGAGAAAGUAAAAUUUUUAAAGAAGAAAUAAUAAAUGUAGAGAAGAGAAUUAAAAAAAUUAAAAAAACGUUAAAGAAAAAUAAAGGAAAUAAUAAUGAUAGUAUUCGUGAUUUAAUUGAAAAGGGAUCAGACUUUGAAAUAAUGAGAGUAACUAUAUUAAUUUAUUUUUUAUAUUGCUAUAUAUUUAGUGUAAAAGGUCAUUAUUUAUAUAAAAAUUUUGGAAAAUUAUGUAAUGAGAUAUACGAAAUAUAUAGAAAUAGUACUGAUGUGGUGAAACAUUAUAUUUUGUUAUGCACAUAUGAAAUACUAAAAAAAGGCGAGAAUUAUAAAUAUAUUAACAUCUUUCUAGUUAUAAUGAAAUUACAAAACAAUUUCUUAAAUAAUAUUCAGAUCGAGAUGAAAGAAACUGUUACUUUUAUUUUAAAUGAAUUUUUGAAGCAUAAUGAAUUUUCUCACAUUUAUAAAAAAAACAAGUUUAAUGAUAAAGUUAUAUUUCUUUUAAAAUUGUCAAAAGAGUCAUAUAAAGAAACGGAUAAUCAAUUACACAAUAAUUUUGAUGAAAUAAUGGAAGAAAGUAUUGAAAAAUCAAAAAAUAGUUACAUUUUAGUUAUAAAUUUUAAUAGAAAACAAUAUAUGCAAACAGAUAAUGAUUAUAAUGAUGCUAUAAUAAAAUUUGCUAAAAAUGUUAAAAGCAAUAAAAUUGAACAAAUAAAUAAUAACUUUUUAUUAUUAACUGAUAAAAAGGAAAUUCGUCGGAUUUGUAUGAUAUUUAAAAUUAUAGAAUUGUAUGUAAAAAGUUUUUCCACAGAAAUGCAUCAAUUAUGGGUCAUUAGUCCUAAUUUGAAAGAAAAAGAAAAUGACAAAAUAUCGAAAAGUAAUAUAUCAAUAAAUAAUAAUAUUCUUAAAAUCGAAAUGUCUCAUCAUAAUAUAAAAAUGAUGAAUGAUAAAUUUUUUGGAUUCAUAGAUGAUUUGAAUGUAAAAUAUUUUCUUAAUCAUUAUGUAAUCGUAAGAACAUUAGAAAAACAUCAGCACUUUAUUAAUAUGUAUUAUACUAGUUCCAGGUUAUAUAAAACAUUAAUUUCUGGGAAUACAUAUAUAUUUAUAUUUCUUAAUUUAUAUAUCGAAUUAAAUAAAAUAUUUUUCAUCUAUAAAAAAAAGUCAAAUUAUGGCAUGUGUAUAAAAAACCAUGGAGGAGAUGUAGCAUUUGAUAAAUUGUUUAACGGGGUGCUCGAGUGUGAUAUUACUGAUAUAAACGUCGACAGGCACAUAUCCUCGUUUAAUUAUGAAAAAACAGAGAAUGAAUAUGAUGGGAUAAACAACAACGAGGAACACAAUUUGCUACCAAGUAAUAAAAACAAAAAAAGAAGAGUGAACAUAGAAGGUGAUAAUAUUGAAGAAGAAACAAUAAUAUUUGAAACAAGCCAAUUAAAAAGAAAACAACCAAAACAUGAGGGAAAAAAUGAAAAUAAUAACAUAGAUUUUGAAAAUAAAAUGGAUAACAAUGAAACUGAUAAAAGUUUCCAUGAAAAAUGUCAGUAUAAAUAUAUAUAUAUAAGAAUUAAAGAUGAAAUUGUUCAUAAGACAAAUUUUUUAGCGUUAUGUAAUGAAGUUGUAGAUUUAAAAAUUGUUGUUGAAUUGUAUAAGAACAAAAAGAUAAAUAUAUAUAAUAACAGUGAAAUAAUAAAUAAUGAAGAUAUCUUAAUUCAAAAUAUGAAAGAAAAAAAUUAUAAUAUUUAUAGUGAAGAAAACGAAGUAAAAUAUAAAAACAAAUUAGAAAAAUUAUUAUUUUUUUUUAUGCCCAUGCAUAUUACAAAAUAUUUAUUAAAUUUUGGUAUUGGAAAAAGUCGACAUCAAUAUUUUGAUUAUAUGGUAAUAUCCUAUUUAUAUUAUGUAUUUGAAAUAUAUAAAUGUAUUUCCUUGUUUGUUUUAUCUCUUCAAUCUUAUAUAAACAUUCCGAGAGGAAUAGAUAAUGAAAAUUUACUCAAAAGCAUAAAGUUCGAUUUGUCAAUAAUGUUUUAUAGCAUGGCUAGCUCAUAUUAUGUAUUAGACAUUGCAUAUGUAAAUACGCUCUUGUUAAGCAAUAUUAAUAAUGUAGAAACACAUGAAAAUAGAAAUAUAUUAGCAAGUAAUGAUAACAGUAAUAGAGGGAUAAAGAAAAAUGGAAAAAAUAAUAUCAAUGACCAGAAAAAAACAAAAAUUGAAGAGGAAUAUUCAAGUGGUAGUGAUUGGGAUAAUUAUGUUUUCAACAUAGAGGAUAAAAAUAAUAUGAUGUUAAUGAAUAAAUUAGAUAAAAAAAAAAACGAAAAGGAAAACAUGCUAAAUUUAUGUUAUUUUAUAAAUAAUGUAUAUAUAAAUAGUAGAAGUUUAAACAUAUUUCAUUUUAUAUUUUUAAGGAGUUUUAUAAAUUUAUUUGAUGAAUGUGACUUGAAGAAAAAAGUAAUACACACAUUAUACAACCAGAGAACAAUUAUUGAAGUAAAUGAUUUUACAUUAUUUUCAAAAAUUAAUGAUAAUAUUUAUAAAAUAUUUUUAAAGACAUUUAUAGAAAAGAGUUAUUUCACCAUCGAAAGUUACAAUUUAUUUAACUCUUUAUUCUACAUUUUUUUAUAUUAUAAAAAUAAAGUUAUAAUGGAAAAAAACGAGGAAAUAAAAAACAACAGUAAAAAUUAUAGUAUUUAUGAAAAAUAUUAUUAUUAUAUGGAAAUUAUUUUAUACAAAAUUUUAAAAAAAACAAAAUAUUUUGAUGACGAAACCUCGGAUGUUUUACUUCUAUUUCUAAAAUUUUUAAGAAGUAUAAAUAAUUCACGAGAAUUUAUUACUGUUUGUACAGUGUUUUUUAGAAUUUUUAAUUUGUUUAAUACAAAAAUAAUAAUGUUGCAAAGUUAUUACAGAAAUAUAAUGGAAAAAAAAAACACAGAAGAAAAUUUAAUAAACUAUACCGUCAAAAAACGGAGAAUAACAAAUUGUGACAAUGCAUCUGGUUUUGAUUUAAUUAUUGAAUAUUUGUUUACAAAUAACAUAAAAAUUAUAUGUAAUCAUAUAGUUAUAUUAAAGGUUGUUAAUGAUAAUUAUUCAAAAAAGGAAGGGCAAAAUAAUAUCGAGCUAUAUGAAUUUACUGUCAAUGACGUUUUACAAUUGUAUAAAAAUUAUGUAAAUUGGGUUAAAUAUAUUAUUUUGUUUAAUCCAUACAUAUAUUUAAAAUUAAAAAAUAAAAUAAAAAAUAAAAAAUCUUUGAGUGAACUCUUUAAUACUAUUACUAAAAAGAGAAUGGAUGGUUCUCCAAAUUCAAAACUUAAUAAGAAUAAUACUUCUCAAGAAAGUUGUAACCAACCAAACAGUAACGAUUUGGUAGACGAAGAAAAUUCUAUAGAAAAAAAUAAAAACGAUGAGAAUGAAAAUGUGAACCAUCCUUAUAAAAAAGAAAUAGAAGAAUACAAUGAAACGUUCCAAAAUUUUUUGAAAUUUCAAAAAAGUGUAAAAUUAUUUUUAAAAGAAAUAAAAUCAAAUAAAACCGAUGAUACAACUAAAUAUAAAUCAAAAAUUGAAAAAAUAUGCACAAUGGAGAUGAAAUUAGAAGCAAAAAAUAACGAACAAUAUUUAAUGAAUAAUAAAGAGGAACUAUUAAAAAAUAAAAAAGGAAAUAGUAUAGACUGUGAUACUAGAAAACAAUUAGGAACAGUUUUGAGCAAAUGCAAAAAUGUGUUAAAAGCUUAUUUAAAAGAAAAAAAUAUAUUUAUAUAUGAUCCAAAAUAUACUGAAGAAAACGAAAAUGAAAUGGAUGAAGAAGUAAUUUUUUAUAAGAUGUGUAAUAUAUCAAACAUUUUAAUUAAUUAUUAUUAUAUUAAUUAUAUAUAUAUUAAAAAUAGUGAAGUAGAUAAUAUAAAUAUAGAUAUUGUUAUAUAUAUAAUAAAAACGAUAAAUUCUAUAUUAAAGAUAUAUCUUAAUAUUUGUAUGAAUAUAAAUAGAAGAUUUAGCUCAUUAAUAAAAAGAAAUUGGGAAUAUAUAGGAGCAGAAAAUAUGAUUAUGAAUCGUAAAAAUUUAAAUAAAGAUAAUUUUCAUUCUAACCAAUUUAUUGAAAAAGUUAACAAAUUGAAUAAAAAAACGUUUAUAUAUUUUUUGAACAUUUUCAAAAAUGGAUCGUUUAAAAAUUUAUUGAAUAUAUUGGAAAAUGUGGGGAAAAUAAAUAGCGACGUAUAUGAAAGUUUUAUUUACCUUAAUUUAUGUUAUAUACAUAAAAAUCUAUAUUUCUGUAAAUUAAAAAGGGAAAAGCAUAUAAAUGUGCUAGUUGAUAAUUUAACAUUUAUAAUUAAUGCAAUAAUAAGGCAUGAUAUAAGCAAAAAAAACGUUCUUUUUAAAAAAAAAAUAUGUACCAUGGUUUUUUAUAUAUUAAACAAAUUGCAAACAAAGGAAUGCCUUAUAAACAAAUUAAUUGUGAGUCCUUAUUUCUGUGAUAAAGCAAAAAAUGAUAAAAUUACAAGCUCAGAGAAAUUCAAUGAUUUCGAGCAAAUAGAUAGUCCAAAUCAAUUUAUUAUAGAGGAAGUUCUUUCAUUUUUUUUAUAUUAUAAAACCAAUGAAAAUAUUAUUAGUAAUACAUCACUACUAAUUAAUAAUAUCAUAAAAAAUAAAGGAAUAAAUGCAACUAUUAAAAUUGCAGCAAAAAAAUUGUGGGAUUUGCAUCUUAAUAAAAUUUAUUCAUAUAAUGACUUAUUAUUAAACUAUGAUUUAAUUAAGAAUAUUACAACCUUUAGUUUAUCAAACGAUUUGGACAGAAACGGGAAUAAUAAUGAUAUGGGUGUUGCUAAAAAUAAUUUAAUUAUUAAAAAAAUACAAAAUGAUAAAAUAUAUUUUUUAAAUUAUAAAGAUAUAGAAAGAGAAAUAAAGAGUUGUAUACUUUAUAAUUAUAUAACGCAUUUUGGAAUUGAAGCAUUAAAAGACGAAGAAAAUGUAAACAUUAGUAAUGAGAAUUAUAUUAUUAUGUUUAUUUUAUAUUUUAUGAAAAAUUAUAAUGAGUGGGAAUUUUUCGAUAAAACACAUAUUAGCAUUUUGGAAAAAGUUACUUAUAAAAAAGUUUUUAAACUGAAAAAAAAUACAUUUACAAACGAAUUUGGAGAAAUAUGUUUAAAUAAAAUUAUAUAUUCAUAUAAAAAUGUAAUUAAUAAAAACAAAAUUGACUUCCUUUUAUUAAAUACGAAAAGGAUGAAAAAUAAGAAUUGUCUUUUUGUAGCCAUGUCUAUAUUAUAUUUUCUGGGGAUUUUAUUGAAAAUGGAAAAUCGAGCAACUAUGUUCAAUAAAUAUAAUAAAAAUAUAAUACGAAGAAUAUGUAAAGUCGUUUUUCUUUAUUUUUACGAAUAUUUUUUUGAAAAUGAUGUUAAGAAGAAUAAACAUAUUUUUAAAUCGUAUAAUAGAGUAGUUUUUUUUACGUAUAUAAAAUAUUUCAAGCAGUUUAAGAAAAAUGACGGAUCACAUAAAUCGGACGAUAUAAAUAAUGAACAAAAUACAAGAUUCAACAAGUUUGAUGAUGGGGAUUUAAAAGACAAAGGAAACGAUUUUCAUAUCAUGCUUAUGCUAUUAUUAAACUUGAUUAAUAAAAACAAGAACAAAUUUCAUAUUGAAAAUGUGAUAGAUAAACAUUUCAAUUCUUUAUUAGUUAAUAUUUCGAAUAUUUUUAAAGGGGAUAAUACAAAACAUUUGUAUUACACAGAUAUUAUGAAAGAAUACAUAUACUUUUUGUGUGAUCGCGAUAUGAAUAAUAUAGUAAAACACAAAGGAAAUAUGAAUUAUAUAUUAUUUAGCAUAUAUUUCUUACUAUUUAAAUAUAUGAAAUUAAGAGAUUUGGAUUUAUUAAAUAUGAUUGAAACAUUUUUUAAAGAUGAGGGUAUAGAAAAAAUAAUUUUAUUCCAAAUAGAUGAAUACAAAAAGAAGAAACAAAAAAACGAUGAAAAAAUUUUAAUUUAUAUUUUAAAGUUAAUAAAAAUAUUUUAUGAAGAAUGGUAUAGCUUAUGUAAAAAUAAAACAGAAAAUCAAAAUAUACAUUUAAAAACUUUAAAUAAAAAUAUAUUUAAUGAGCUUAAAAAAAUGUAUAGUUACACGUUAGGGCGUAUAGACAUAUGUAUAAGAAAUAUAUUUUUUGUAGAUUUAUCUUAUCUUUUAAAAUCAAUUACUACUAAAAAUAUGCUUGACAAUAAGCUAAUGGAUGAAGUUUUAAAAUUUAAAGAUUUUAAUUUAGAUAAUGAUAACAACUAUAAUUGGCUAAAUAUGAACUCCAAAAUGUUAUAUAAAACGUGUAGUUUUUUUUUCAUGAAUGAAAAUAUACGUAACGAAUUAGGAAAUAAUGAAACAUAUUUUACAUUUUAUAAAAAUAUAAAAAGCCAAUCUUUGAGUGAAAAUUAUAAUAUUAAUGAAUCAAAAGAUGAAAAAAAUUAUGAUUAUGACGACUUGCAAAAUAAUAUAAAUAAAAUCGAUACAUCCAAUAAUUUAGGAAAUUAUGAAGAUGAUAACUAUAAUGAAAACAAUGAGAAUAACUAUGAAGAAGAUAUGAAUGAUUAUAAAAAUGGUGAAGAUAAUGAAAUUGAAUUGGGGAGAAUGGAAAAUUAUUUAAAAGAUUUAGCUAUUAAAAAUUUGUAUUCUAUAAUAUGUCAAAAUGAUUACAUUAAAAAAGAAGUUUAUUUUUUAUCAGACAAUGACAAAUUAAAAGACAAUGUAUAUGAUUAUUUAUUUUUGCUUUGCUUAAUAGUUAGUAAAUUAAUUUUUUGUUUUAUAUUAAUGUCAGAAAAAUUAAGGGUUUUCUUCUACCAUUUUAGGAUUUUAUAUACGACAAAUAAUUAUAAUAAUAUUUUUUUAAACUAUGAUCUAUUAUAUAUGCAAGAAAUUAACAGAAAAAUUAAAAACUAUAUAAAGAAAUAUCCAGAUAUCCAUUUUUAUAUUGAUUAUGACAAUAAUGAAAGGGAAGAAAAUAAAGGCUAUAAUAACACUUCUUAUUAUAGUUAUAGUAAAAAUGUGGAAUUAAAUGAAGACGGCGAUGUUGAAAAUUCUUACAAUAAUAAGGAUGAAUCAAUGAACGCGAAAAAUCGUAGUAGUUUAUUUAUAAAAAACAAAAAAUUAAUAUCUUUUGAUGAGGAAAAAGAGCAUUUUAAUCAUUUAAAAAAAGGUGAAAAAUAUAGUAUGAAUUGUAAAUUUUGUAUAAAAUUUAAGAAGGUUCAUAAGAUACACAAAUCAAAUCGAAUUUUUAGUUUAUUCGAUGAAUAUGAGAAAAAACAUAUAAAAAAUAUGAUAUACUAUGGUAAAACUAUUCGAACAACUAUAUUUUUAAAUUGCCCGUAUGAGAAUAAUAUAUAUAACAAUUUUGAUACUUUUAUAAAUGGUCAAGAAUAUUUCGAUGAUACUAAUGAAAAUACUAAAAAUGAUGAAACGAAAAAUAUAUUUGAUAAUUCUAAAAAUGAAGUAGAUAAAGUGGAAAACAAUGAUGACGAAAACGGUGAUAUCGAUAUGGAUAGUGAUAAAAAAAAUGAUAAUAAAGAUAAUAAAAAAAAAAGUAAAAAAAACACCAUAAUUAGUAAAAUAAACUCAUAUUGUAUAGUUGACAAUAAUGAUGAUUUAUUAUAUGGAAAAAAAAUUGGAAAGAAUCAUUAUAAAAGAAAUUAUAAAAGAUUAUUAAAUCAAUAUCUUUUAGACGAUAUAGAUUUUUUUGGAAAAUGGAUUAAAAAUUUUUCUAUAAGCGCAUUGAAAAUAUUAAUAUGCUGUUUAAGUAGUAAUGAUAUUAUUGUUAGAAUUAUAAGUUUAAAAGGGCUAUCCAUUUUUUAUCAACUUAUAGAAAACUCAUUUUUUCUUUACAAAAUAAAAAAAAAAAUUAAUUCAUUCAGAAGUAAAAAGCAUAAUAAUACGGAUGAAAAUGAUGAUAUAUAUGAAGAUUUUAUGGGGAAUAGUAUUACACGUAUAAAUAGAAAUAACAAUCAGAAUGAAAAUAAUAGUCUUGGAAUUGGACAAACGAAAAAAGUUUAUGUAAUUCCAUUUAAAGAAUUAUUUUAUCUAUACUUUUUCAUGAAAAAAUUAAAAUAUUCAGUAGAUCAGAAUUCGUAUUAUAUAAAUCCUUGUAUAUCAUCUUAUUCCGUAUUUUUAUUAAAUGAAUUAUACAAUCAAUCGAAUAUUCAAGCAACAUUGAAGCAUCUAAUUAUAAAUAAAACGUUUUCAGUUUAUUUUUUUUAUGCCUAUUUAGACAAAAUACUUACAAAUGAAAAUUUAGUAUCACUAAAACUGAUAAAUUUUUUCAUUAUCUCGGUUCAGUCGUUGUAUUCAAUAGGGUAUGAUAUAGCAGUAGGUGAAAAUCAAUGGAAAGAUGCAGAGGAAGGGGAAGAAUCCCAGAAUCAAAAUUUUCAUAAUGAAAAUAACGAUGAAUAUUAUAACGAAGGAAAUAACAAUUAUGAAGAUGAUUAUGCAAAUGAUAAUAGAAGGGAAGAUUAUACAGAAAAUAAAAAUAAUAAUUAUGUUGACAAAAGUUUUUAUAUAACUUCUAAUAUUGGUAAUAGGAUGAUUCAUGAUUUUGAAAAUGAAGAAGAUGAUAACGAUGAGGAAGUAGAGAGUAAAAUGAAUGAUGACGAAGAAAAUGCGAAUGAACCCAUUUUGGAUAAAUUGCAACAUAUUGAAGAAAGUCACAAAAAUGCAGUAAAAAUUAUUUACAAUAUUUUAAAUAAAAAAAAAAUUAUUGAAAUAUAUAUGUCUAUGUUUUUUAAUAAUUAUUUAAAUUAUAAUUUAUUAAAAAAUUUUUUAAUAUUGCUUAUUACAUCAACUAAUGUAAUCAAUGUAGUUUAUAUGAAACAUGACGAUGUUAAUUGUACUGAGUCGUGUAAUGGAAAUCGGAAGGAUCCAUUAGAAAAUAACAUAUAUUAUGAUGAAAAUAAAAAUAACAGAAACAGCAACCCAGAUGUGAUAGACGAUAAGAAAAAUUUGGAAGAUAAUGAAGAAGCUGAAAACCAAAAUAAUGAUAAUACUAAUAUGAAUAAUAAUGAUAUUAAAUAUUAUAUUAAUAAUAAUUUCGUUAUAAAAUUAGUUACCAAAAACAAUAUUUUUUUAUGGAUCAAUUCAUUAAUGAAUAAAAAUCUUUUUCAAGAAGGAAAUUCAUUCAAGUAUCCUUCCUCCUUUAUUUUUCCAAUUUUAAACUUUUAUGAUUUAACGAAUAAAAAUGAAAAAAUAUAUGCUAAUUUUAUUUAUAAUAAUAUAAAAAAUUUUAAAAAAAGAACAGUCAAAUUAUCUAUGCCACUUUUUUUAAUAAAUCAGUUGAAGUUUAUUGAAAAUGAUAUCCAAAUUCUUGAAGAGAAAAAUUUUGACGAAGUAAAGGAUGACAAGGAAAAUAAUUAUAAUGAGAAAAAAAUCGAAAGCAGCUGUAAUGAGAACAAUGAAAGAGACAUUGAAGAUCCCAAUUUGAGCAACUCCAACAAAGAUGAGAACGUAUAUAAUGACAAUGACAGUAAUAAUAAUAGUGAGACUGUUAGUGCUAGCAGAAGUAUGAUUGAUGACGAGAGUGAUAUAUAUAACAAUGGAUAUAUGAAUAGCAACGAUUUACCUAUGCUGAAACAUUUAGAUAACAUAAUUAAAAAUUGGCAUAUGAUAGGAUAUGUGUUUAAAGAAAGUUCUGGGAAAACAACAGGCAUAUUGUUAUACUUAUCAUUACUGACCAAUAAUAUAGUGUCUAAUUUGUUUUACCCUAGUGUAGAUUACUCGCAUAUUUUUGCAAAUAGUUUAUUAAAAGAAGAAAGAGAAAAAAUCGAAAAAUUUAUACUAAAAAAUGGAUGUAAUUUAAUAUAUAAAAAAAAUGAAAAUAAUAAUAACAAAUUUGAGAUAUGGAAUUUUUGGUAUAAUAAUUUUCAUAAAUGCAUAUCAUUAAAAAUUCGAGGAACUUUUUUAAUAAAUAAAAAUGAUAUCAGUUUGAUGAAUUCGAAUUUAAAUGUAUUUUCAGAAAUCCUAAAAAUUAUAAGAAAUUUGAAUAGAAGUUUAUAUUACAUAUUCUUUAAUUUAUAUCAUACAGAAUAUUAUAACUUGUUUAUUUUUAUUACUGGAAAGAAGAAACAUAUUGGAAGAAAAAAUAUAUACUUGAAAAAAACUAUUAGCAAUUAUGUAAAAAUAUGUAAAAGGUUUAUUAAAUAUAUUUAUCUUUUAUUUAAUAUGGUUUUUAAUAUUUGUACUAAUCUAUAUGACACAGCAAUAUUAAAUGAUAAUAUAUUUCAAAAUUCGAUAUCAACAAAAGUAAUUGUAGACAAAUCUUUUAUGAACAAUGAUAUAAGUUUAAUUGUGAAUGAAUUUAUUUUAUUUUUUGAAAACAUUUGUAUAAUCAUCAAUUAUUUUAAUUCAUUUAAUUCCAAAAAAGUGAAAAAAGCUAGUACCGAUUUUGAUAUUGAGCAAUUAAAACAUGGGGAACAUGAAGGACAAGAAAAAAACAUACAUGAUAGGUGUAGAACAAUUGAAACAUUUUAUGGUAAAAUCCAUACAAAAUUAUUAAAAGAAACGUAUAAUAAAAUUCCACAAUAUUCCAAUUAUUUCAUAUACAGAAAAAUCAUAUUAUGUGUAUUACAAAUGAUACAUAAAAAUUGUUUCAAAAACAACAAACAUUUUCAUUACAUAUUUUUAAAUAAGCUAAUUACUAUGUAUCAUUUUAUUCACAUUGAUAACCAAUCAAAAAUAUACUUAUACAUAUUUGAGCUUUAUAAUAUUAUUAAAAAAGAUCCAUUGGAAUCAAUACUAAAGCAAAUUCUUUAA